AUGACUACCCCUUUUAACGAAAUGACUGACGGUAAAACCCGUCAAACCAUUGAUAAUAUUGUCAAUAACUUUGUCUCUUCACGUCAUGAGAAAAGUCUGAAUCCUCUCAGACUUGCCAGUGUGUCCGUUUCCGAAUUUUUGACCGAACUGGCGAACCAUCUGUCCACAAUAAAUGAGGGUGGCAGUAUUGCUCUUGGCCGUGGAGAAAAUUUGGCCAGCAUUAGUUUGAGCAAGAGUCUAGAGAACCUUUUCUCAACCUCAAUACCACGCGUGAGGGAAGGGCCGCCAUUGACUUGGACGAGGAUUGUUCUUUUUGCAGGUCCUAAGUUUGAGGGCCCAACACCGCUUCAGGUUGAAACUUCUAGCGUCGAGUUGUCCGAAGAUGACCUCAAGCUCUUGCGCUCUGGUAGGCCUUGGCGUUUUCUUUCCCCUUGGCCAGAUAGAAGCGAUUGCACGAAGGAGCUCCAAUCAAGCGAGACAGCACUAAAAGAACUUGUCAAUACUCGGCAAACGAUAAGCGAAGUGUUGGAACAAAUCUCGUAUGUUGAGCAACGUCUCCGGAAUCAUCGCGAUUUAGUGUCUCGGCUCUGUGAAAGCGGGGAUGACGCCACCCACCGAGGAGGGGAUUCAACGUUCGAUGGUGCUCAGCCCUUUGUUCCAAUUCAAGGAACUCUUGGUCCAGAACACAGGUCACAAGAUGGAAAUCCAAAUUCCCAAGAUCCACCAACAAUCCCUAUGCCUAUAUGUUCUGCUGGCGAAGCCGAAUCGGCUGAGCUUGUUAAUGAAUAUCCGAAUAAUCAGACCAUGUCAGCCAUUGUGGAGAUUACUACUCAACGCGAUGAUCCAUGGCCUGCAAACAACGCAAGGCCAGGAUUCAGACUACACACAGCUGACUUCAUUCAAAUUUUGAGCGAUAUCCUUGAUGAUUCAAACAAUUGGGAAGGAAUGCACUGGUCAGAAGAUGGUAAAUCUAUCUUGAUCGCCCAAGAGAGCAAAUUUCCUGCACACAUACUAGCAAAACUGUCCACAAAAAGCUACCAAUCUCUUAUUCGGCGGCUCUACUACUAUGGCUUUCACAAAACUGAAGGAGUCUACCACCACAAUUCCUUUAUUCGUGGUCAGCCCAGCUCUAUUCGCCCGACUCGAGAGAUGAGUCAAAGCCCUUCACUUCCUUCGCCUUUACACAAAAGCGCUUCUCAAUGUGGGCCUCGGUAUAAAGUGAUCAAAAAAAAGCGGACAUGA